AUGCUCACCUUCGUCUCGGAGUCAAUUGCGCACUCCGUGCAUGAGCGCUGCCCGGAUUGUAUUGUGGAGUUUGCCGGAUACUAUGGGCAGAGCGUCAUCUACUUCGUGUACACCUUCGCCAACCUGAUCGUCCCCUGCUUUCUCAACCAGCUCGGGAUUCGCGGAAACUUCUUGGCCG